AUGGACAUGUCAAACAAUUUCGCGUCUGGGCCGGGAUCGGUAUCCGUCUCGCACAAAAAUCCUCGAGUUCUGGCUUGCGUCUUGUGUCAGCAUCGCAAGAUCAAGUGCGAUCGCAACACGCCCUGUUCAAACUGUGUUAAGGCGAAUGUCACAUGCACUCCAAGCACUCCAGCACCCGCCAGGAAGCGCCGGAGACCAAACCAGGACCUACAGGAACGGCUUGCUCGAUGUGAGCAACUAUUGAAGCAAUAUGCUGAUGGUUCUGUGCCAUCUCCGUCUGCCAUUGGACUCUCGCCUGCUCCUAAUGGUUCCGCGUCAGAUACUUACCCUGCCACGCCUACCAAUGUCGAUGGCCAGUCCAAGUGGAAACCAGCUGGAAAGAUGGUGAAAGAGGAGGGUGGUGUACGCUUCAUGGACAGCUAUCUUUGGGCUAAUAUUCAUGAUGAGCUCCAAGCCAUGAGGGAGAUUGUCGAUACCGAUGAUCCAGAAGAGGCCAGUGUUAUGGGUUCUGAAGAUUUGAGCCCAGACUACAACAUCGAUCUCCUUAUUCCUUCGGAUUCAACUGCCAGAUCUAGCGAGGAUUUCCAACCAGAACCUGUCCAUGUUUUUAGACUCUGGCAACUGUUCGUCGAUCGUGUCAACCCUUUGACCAAGAUCAUCCACGUACCAACUGUCCAACCGUACACCUUGGAGAUGGCCACCGACAUAAACAAAAUCCCACUCAACUACCAGGCCCUCUUGUUUGCCAUAUUUACCAUGGCCACAGUAUCACUCACCGAGACCGAGUGCGUUCAGAUGCUGGGAACUACCCGUGACGAAGCUCUGCGACGGUAUACCAUCGGAACUAAGGUGGCACUUACAAAGUUCAAUUUUCUAAAGAACUACGAUAUGGUGGCAUUGCAGGCAUUGCUACUGUACCUGUUGUCCCUUCAGAACCGCUAUGACCGACAUGCUGCCUGGAUUUUAAGCGGGAUGGUUGUGCGAAUUGCGCAAAAGAUGGGCUACCACCGUGAUGGCGACUAUUUAGGACUCAAUGCCUUCGAGACUGAAAUGCGACGACGAAUGUGGUGGCAGAUUAUCCUCCAGGAUGCAAAGAACGCACUUGUCUCUGGGUUGAGCCACUCGCUUCUUCCAAGCAGCUGGGACACCAAGAUGCCGCAAAACGUAAACGAUGCCGACCUUUUCCCUGGAUCCAUCGAACCCAUCCAACCUCGAGAGGGCCCAACAGAAAUGGCCUUUUGCUUAAUCGGAUACCAAAUCGCCAAAUUUUUAGUCAAUGCCGAAUCCCUCCACGGAACGUCUGGAUUGGAAGCUGCCGUCAUGGGAGCCGACUUCGAAGGCCAGGACCCUUCAGCGAUACCGAGUAUUCAACAGUACCGAGACUUGGUGGACAACCUGGAGCAGAACCUGUUGGAAGUAGAGUCUCGUUAUAUCGACCAAACUGCUGGGAACGUACAUAUCGCUGCACUCAGUGUCCGCCCAAUGAUCUGUAGCAAAAUGAGGGAGAUGCUGGUGCCCAUGAGAGAGCAGCCUGAGUGGGGAACUGAAAUCCUCGACAAGAAUGACAACCUUUUCAAGAUUGUUCUGAUGAAUAAUGAACACAGCACCGAUGCAUACGGCGUGAUGGACCAAACGGGAUUCCUCUGGUUCCUCAAAUAUCAUUUCCAGAUCGACAUCUUCACAGUUAUGACGAAACAGCUUUGCCAACGACCGAUCGGUUCUCUCGCUGAUCGUGCGUGGAAUAUGGUCAAGAAAAUCUAUCACUACCAUCCUGAACUCUUGGAUAUGACACAAAAGACUUACUCGAUCCAAGCUCAAACAGUAUUAAAGGCAUGGAAGAAUCGCGAACAAGCUUUCAGAGCAGCUGGUCAGCCUUACGAGACACCCAACUUCAUCUACCGCCUACGAGACGUUGUAAUGAGCGAAAGCCGUACUUCAGAACCCUCACCUCAACAGCCAAUGGUCCAGCUUCCCGCAAAUUCUCACCAGAUGACGGAUCUCGACCCGUUCUUGGGCAACUAUCUGGAUGUCUCGACCCUCAACUGGGAUCUAUGGGGAGGCAUGAAUCAACAACCACCACCUCCACAGCAGGGUCAGAUGCCAAUUUCAUUAUUUAACAAUUUCCAAAUGGGAAAUAUGGGCUAG